AUGUCUCAAUGCCCAACUGCCAGCGCCACUCCCUCCACAGUCUUGGAUUCACAGCCUUCAGGGCUGUUGGAUGCCACCCCCUAUGUUUCCCAGAUUGCAUCUACUGUGUGGCAGAGUCAGGAGCUGCCUCUGUCACAGCUCGCUCCCAGAGCUCUAAAAAGAAGGUUGGAUCUGGACUCCCAAGAAGAAGGAUCACAGAUAUUUUGCAAGCUUCCCCCCUUGUCCAGGCGUUGGUUAGUCAUGCCCAGCAACAGGGAAGGCUCAGAAGAUGGAGGAAGCUCCAUUGUCCCAUCCAUGGCUCCAUUGGAGUCAAGGGACUCUAUUGUUCCUGUAGCCCCUGAAGGGGAAGAGGACAUUGGGGUUCUUCCUCAAGAAGGAAGGCGCUUUUGCUGCAAGGGGAAGUGUUACCUCUUGACAUAUGCCUGUUAUGUCAAGGGUGAGAAUACAGUGCAAGCCUCUUGUCAUGAGGUUGUCAAGGAUCUAGUGGACCACCUGCUCACUCUAAGGAGUGGAGGGGGACCCCUUUUGGAAAGUGCCAUGGGGGUUACAGAGUCCCAUGACUUGAAAGAAGGACAGUGGCAUCCUGACUGGCAUUGCCAUGUCAUUGUUUGGGCCAGGACUCUUAUCUCCUCAGAGGGCCUGAACCUAUGGAAGUAUAAAGGAUACCUCAAGAAGGAGGCAAAUGCCUGGGAGGCACAAUAUGGGACCCUUACAGAAGAGUUCCUAUUGGGUCAAUGCCCUGCAGGGUUGAAGGCCAAGACCAAUCGCAAUGAGGACUUUGCCUAUGCAAUGGAGGCAGAGGAUGCAGAGGGUUUCUUUGGUCACUUAAAGGAGCGCCAACCUUGUGACAUGGCCAUGGGGUAUAACAACCUCAAGGCCUUUACUGGUUACUUUUACAGGGAUAAGGGCGCCCUUCCUCAGGGUGUAUGUGAGCCCAAGGCCCUUAAGAAGGCUACAGUCAACCUGCCACCUGGUGUUCAGGAGUGGGUUACUUCCAAUAUAUUGGAAAGAGAUCCUGAAUCUGAUUGUGGUAAGAUCCUUGUUUUGUGGGGUCCUUCAGAGACAGGGAAGUCAGCCCUUGCUUGUUCUUGGGGCCACCACAUUAGGUUCAGGCAGAAUCUUAACUCUGAUGAGUUUAGUGACCAUCCUAUGGUUCAGUAUGCAGUGCUGGAUGAUAUGGAUUGGUCCAAGGUCCCUUUGAAGAUGUGGGUGCAGGAAGAUUUCAAUUUCCACACUAGUUACAGAUCAGAGCGCCAUUGCCAAUGGGGGCGCUCUACUUUGAUGGCAAGAAUUGGAUAG